GCUGCGCCGUCCAUGGUUACGGGCGGCCGCCGCGGCCUCGCAGCGGAGCCGUUUGGGCGGGAGCCGGCGAGGGAGCAGCGGCCGCAGGGUGUAUUGAGAAUAAUCAUCAGCCUUAACAAGGAUUGAUUGUGUGCUCCUCAUCCUCAUCCUCCUGGUUUGGUAUUAAGCGGAAAAAGCUUUGGCCGUCGCGUUGGGGAGGCGAAGAGGUGGAAGAACGUCCCUUUCAAGGGGGCAGCACUGGAAGAACCUUUAUGGGCUCCUAAUGACAUGCAGGUGGACAAUUGACCGAUGAUAAUUAAGGUCAACAUGGAUUUGUGGUUCUUUCUCCUUUUGCUCGGAAGUGGCCUGAUAAGUGUCGGUGCUAACAACGUUACAACAGAGCCACCCACAACAGUGUCCACCACCACCAGGAGCCCCACCACAGCUCCUGCAGCAGGUCCUGAGCAUGGGACCACGCCUAACACAAACAGACUCAACAUGAGCACUCCAGGGACUGUUUCUACCACAGCGCCAAAUCCUCCUCCAACCACAGCUGCCAGGAUCUCCCCCAACGCCACCACUGGCAGCCUCAACAUCUCCUCCACCCUGGGGACAACCGUGCCUGUGCCUCCAGCCCCGUCCCUGCUCCCCAGCGUGGCGCCGUCGGCUCCACACACCGCUGUCCCCAGCGCGGAGGCGGAGACGACCGAGAGGAAUUUCAGCAUGGUGGUGACAACACAGGAGACCUCUUCUGCUUCCCACAAUGGUAACUCUGACAGAAGAGACGAGACUCCCAUUAUAGCUGUGAUGGUGGCCCUGUCCUCCCUCCUAGUCAUAGUAUUUAUUAUUAUUGUUCUGUACAUGUUGAGGUUCAAGAAAUACAAGCAGGCAGGGAGCCACUCCAACUCCUUCCGGCUGUCCAACGGCCGGACGGACGACACAGGUGAGUCCACACAGGGCCUCCCCUACCUCCUAUUUCUGUAGGCAAAUAUUUUUUUA